CAUCCUUUUGGGUUCCAAAUCAUUACCAACAUACCAAGACACGCAAAAUAGCCCAGCUCCCUCCCUACGAAUCUUCCUCCCACCAUCACAUGAGUUGACCCACACAAACGCCCAUGCCAUGAGAUUCAAAGUAAACAUAUUGCUAUAUAUAUAGCAAUUAGCAACCCAAACAGUAAGCUACAUCACCACUUCCCCCCCUCAUACGUAUUUGUUCCAUCUUCCCUUCCUAACCACAACCCACCUUUCAUACUUUCCCUUCAAACCCAUCAUCCAUCCUUGAUCGACAUGGACAGUAGCUGUAUCGACGUCGACGAAGUCCGCAGUGAGACAGAGAAGCGGCCGCCGCCGCAUGGCCGUGAAAGCCUGCAGCGGAUGGGCAGCGGAGCCAGCGCAGUCCUCGACCCGGAGGUCGUUCUCGAGGCCGAGUCCCGGAAGCUGCCGUCCUCCCAGUACAAGGGCGUGGUGCCCCAGCCCAACGGCCGGUGGGGCGCCCAGAUCUACGAGAAGCACCAGCGCGUGUGGCUCGGCACGUUCAACGAGGAGUCCCAGGCCGCCCGGGCCUACGACGUCGCCACCCAGCGAUUCCGCGGCCGCGACGCCGUCACCAACUUCCAGCCCCUCACCGAGACCGACGACGAGGAGGAGGCCGAGCUCUGGUUCCUCCGCUCCCGCUCCAAGGCCGAGAUAGUCGACAUGCUGCGCAAGCACACCUACCAUGACGAGCUCCAGCAGAGCAAGCGCGCUUUCAGGGUCGCCAGGAGAAAUACGCCUGCCGGCGGCGGCGGCGGCCGGGACCUUGGGCUCCUCGCAGGGCCUCUCGGCUCGAGCGGCGGAGCGCAGCGCGAGCACCUGUUCGACAAGGCCGUCACGCCGAGCGAUGUCGGCAAGCUGAACCGGCUGGUGAUACCGAAACAGCACGCCGAGAAGCACUUACCUCUGCCGACGGGCAGCGCCGCCGCCUGCAAAGGCGUGCUGCUGAGUUUCGAGGAUGCGUUCGGUAAGAUGUGGAGGUUCCGCUACUCGUACUGGAACAGUAGCCAGAGCUACGUUCUCACCAAGGGGUGGAGCCGGUUUGUGAAAGAGAAGAGGCUCCAAGCUGGGGACGUCGUCACCUUCCAGCGAUCAACCGGCCCGGAGAAGCGGUUCUUCAUCGAUUGGAAGCCUCGAGCCAUCGGUGGUCGCGCCGAGGACGGACUGUUUCAGGUGGUCAGGCUUUUUGGUGUGAACAUAAUCAAAACUCCGGCGGCCGCGGUUGGUGGAGAUGGAGGAGUUGGGGUGGUUGGUUGGAGCAAGAAGGGAAUUCGAGAUAUGGAUCAGCUGAUACCAUCGCCGCAGCAUUUUAAGAAACAAAAGAUAGAAGCUUUGUAGUAUUGGCUUAGAAAUUUCUUCUUUAUCUCAUGUAAAAGUUCAAGUGUAUAUUGUAUGAGGGAUGGAAAAGUUGGAAUCUGAGUGGAAGGAAUGGAAUAUCAGGAAAGGAAAUUAUGGUUCUUAUGUUCUUUGAGUCUUUAUUUGAGAAUUGGCAUCCAAAUGGCAAUAAGCUGUUUAUUAUU